AUUUCUCCAUCAACGCUGAAGUAAAAGAACAGUUCCAUUACACUUUUUAAAAUAUUCGAGAAAUAAGAAGAAGUAAAAAUUCUAAAGCAAUGAGAUUCCAUGCAAUUAUUCUUCUUAUGGUCUUUGUCUGUAUUGAUGCAGGGAACGAUGUGAUUAAGGAAACGGAUUUUGAGGAAUUUGGUGGAGGAAAGGGAAAAGAAUCUGAUCUCCAAACAGUCUACUCAAACCUUGCCAUAAUGUCCCGUAUCACAAAUGCAAUCUCCCUCCAAGCAGCUGCCAUUCGGGACUCUGUCAAUAUUAGAAAUGUCAUCACUGAGCUUUUGGAAGCCAAUACCGUACUAUUCUCGGAUCUUUUCAAUUAUGAUGAAAAGAAUUUGUUGAAGAUAUUGACUCAUAUUUCUGAAGAAUCAAAGAAAUUAGUGAACGCUGUGAGUCGGGAAGAUGUUGUGAAGGUGUCGAAUGGAACAGAGUGGUUGAAUACGUUGAAGGGUCUCGUGAGUACUUUUGAAGACAUACAUCAAAUCAAUAAGAUAGAUAUUGUUGUAUUCUUGAACGGACUGUACGGUGAUUCAUUCGCAAAAAAAGCUACUUCUUGUAACGACACUGUCAUCGAAACAUUUUUAAUGUUUUACAAAGUAAUAAGGAGCGCUGCCCAUAAUACAAAUGGAACUCUUGUGAAAGAAAGUAUCAACACUUUUCUGGACUUGGAAACUGAAUUAUUCGAAUGUCUCGAUAAUAUAUCAAGUUACAAAAGUAUUUUUAUUCCUAUUGUAACGCGUCUUAACUUUUUCACAGCUUUGGAAAAAACUAUAAAAUCUCUAAACUCUAAAAUUCCAAAUAAAAAGGAUGUAUUUGAAGUGUUUGAUGUUCUUUCCAAAGCUUUUGGAUACAUCGAAGGAAUCUGGAAAAGCUCUUCAAGAAAAACCGAUAGAAAGACAAGCGCAUUAUUCCAGGAGGCUGUUACUAAACUUCAAAACAUUUUCGAAAAAAGGAGUGAAGCACCUCCGCUUCUUCUGACAAAUGGGUUCCCGAGAAAAGGAGAUAUGGCUCGAGUGUCUGCAGAUAUUGACAGUAAAUGGUUCAAGGAUCAUGUUUCAAAAGGGAGUAGCACUGCGAAUCUGAAACAUGGACUUGGUGGUUUUUUCCGGUUUGCCGAGCUUAUGAAGAUCUUGGAAGAAAGUUGGAUUGCAUUUGAAAGAAGUUAUCAUCAAUCGAAACACGUUGGCAUAGAACUUUCAAAAUGUAUCAGAAAUCUUUUGAAAAGUGCUACACUGGAAGUGCUCAACCUGCUAAUAGUAUACCAAACUCAUCAGACAAGUUUUUUCUGACUUGCAUCGCAAAAGUAGUGACAUUCAUGACAUUCGGCUUCAAUAUCAGACUUUCGCUGAAAUUGAUAAGGAAUCAGUUAGAAAUGUUAUUCAAGAAAUCCGUAAUAAGAAAGACGGUGAUAUAAAUUUAUAGACAAGAUCAGCACUUGAAUCCUAUCCGUCCUUCAAACAGCUUGCCACCUUUUUUGAACAACUUUUCAAAUUUAAAGUUCAUUUUUCUAAUUUAACGGCUUCAAAUGAUAUAGAAGAAUCUGUGACUGAUAUCAUAGGUUAUUUAACGAAUUCGACACUUUACACUUCAUCAUUAUGCCUUCGAACAGAUAAUUUUGACCCGGAGAAGUUAUUGAAAAUGCAAGAAUUGUUGAAAAGUGUAUUCCAAAUCAAAAAUCAAAAUACUACCGAAAUUCUGAAUGUGAUACAACUUUAUAAAACGACUAAGCAACACUUGUCGGAGGCGGAAAAUUUUGUGAAGAAUUUCAAAAAGUUGAAGCCGAAGAGGCAAGCUUCCAACACGAAACAUUCAGCAAUAAACUCUUCAAAUCCAGUUCUCCAGUUGUCAAACCCUCAGGAAGUUUCUUUGAGUUUGGGGAGAGGAAUGUUAAUUUUAAGAGAAAUCACGAAAUCCUACCUGUCUAUGGAUAUUUUGAAAGCUUCUAUGCAUUUUUCGGACAAUAUCAAUAAAAGAAUUAUCGCAAAAAAUCCCGAUGACAACGUCAAGAAUUUCUGGGGCAAUUCGAAGACACACAUAAUUGAGAGAUUUAUAAAUGAAUUAACAAUACUCAACAAAUAUGCUGGAACAGUACAAAACAAGGAUGUUCUAACUAUGAAGAAAACUCUGGAUGAAGCUGUGAAAGUUAAGUGAUUCAAAAAUGUUUUUCAAAGUAUUUAUUCACAGUUGAAAGCUGGUACUUCAGUAUCUUCUAUUCCUCCUAAAGAUGCUCAGAACGCUUUGGAAAUAUCCAAAAAACUCAGUUUGAUUGACAUGGAAUUUUCUGUUCACGAAGGAUAUUUGCAAGUUGCGUCGCUUAAUUUCAAAGAGCUAAUGGCUUAUUUCGAUAGGAUUUUUGCGCCAGAGGAAGAGGAAACUCGACAUGCUGUAGUCGAGGAGUUGAGUCGAGGAGAGUCGAGGAGUCGAGGAGUUCUAUCCAUUCUUAUCAGUGUUGGAGCUUUUAUAAUUCUAAUAGUUGGUGGAAUUGUGAUCUACGGGCUCACUCCAUCGGGUCGAGCAAAAUACAAGAAUGUUUAUCUUUCCUUUUUUGGAAAACCAGAAGAUUUCGAGAAACGCUGGAGAUAUUCGUUGUUCAUGGAUCGAGAUGAUGGAAAGAAUGCUCUUUUGGAUGCCGUACGAGAAAUUAACGCAACAAAUGUUAAGAAAGCUGUGAAUCAAGGAGCAUAUAUCAAUGUCUUUAACAGAUACGGAAACACUGCUUUACACGUGGCAACAAAAUGUGGAUUCACUGAAAUUGUGGAGAUUCUCAUCAAAAACGGAGCAGAUAGAACACUUUUGAAUGCACAUAACAAGACUGCAGAACAAUUGUUAAUUCCAAAAGACACUACGAGCACUUUGAAGACACAAGUAACAACGGACACUAGAACACCAACUGACACAAUUCCAAAGUCUAAACUGGAUUUGGAAACGAUGAAUAGCGUUAAUCAGUUGUUCAGAAAAUAUCGAAACAAGAAGUUUCGAAAUCGAGUUCCCGAGAAGUUUCCAGUCAGCUCAUUUCAUAUUUUUAUUGAGGAACGAUUUGAAGAAAAGGAUUUUGGCAAGUUUAUGGAUGCAUUUCCCUCGAUUACAAACGCAGACGCUUUGCCUACUACAACUCAUUGUAUUGUAAAGACCGACCCCGAUGGAACUUUGGAAACCGAUAAUAUUGAUUUAUUGAUUUGGAUUUUCAAUGGAGUAAUUAUUGUAAAAGAGUCUUGGAUGACGGAUUGCUUGGAAAAUAAGAAAUUGAUUGAAAAAGACAGUGACUAUUUGGUGGAAAAAGUGAAAUACAAGGGUACUGUCUAUGGUACAGUAAUUCAAUGGUCCGAAGCAAUGGCCAAAGGAACUAUGCCGUAUCUUCAUGGAGUUUAUGCAUCAAUUUUAAUUGAAGACAAGACUAAUUAUCCAACACUUGUCUCUAUCAUAACUACCCACGGAGGAACAAUUGUCGUCGAUCCUAAAGUACUUUCAAACUUAAAUCAGGGAUCCCAUCCAUAUCUUCACUCCAAUCUCGGAUCAUUUUUCAUUAUUCAUGACGGUCGACCCGAUUUGAGACAGUUCAAGAAUGACACUAACAAUUUGUUCACAUUGUUCACCGAACAAGAAUUCGUCCAUUUUAUGCUGAAACGAGAGAUCUGUAAGGAUAAGAGACCGAAUCCGAUCCCUCUAACUACCGAUGCUGAUGACUGAGCAAUAUCAAUGAAACUUUACUGUCCAGAAGAAUAAAUGUGUUUAAUUU